AUGGCAGCCCCCAGCCCAUAUUUAUGGGGCCCCGACCCGGGCAUGCAGCGGCCAUGGACCCCCGAGCGAUUCCGGGAGGUGUUGAAGCGGGAGACCCAGGCCCGGCUCGGCCAGGCAUUGAAUAUUCCGGCGUACCGGGACAUUGCCAUUGGCAUCAGCCGGCGGUUCCUGCGGGCAUCCAGCACAUUCACCAGUGACCGCCAGGAUGAAACGGAGCAGGCGGCGGCAUUGGAUGCUGACUGUGAGGACGGCAUGGAUGCGGACCAGUGGAUGGCGCAUAUGACGGAUUUACAGGCGGGCCAUUCAUCGCACGUGGCGGGGAUGGUAUAUGGGCGGCAGCUGAUGGAGCAGGCGGGCACAACAAGCCACCGGCGGGCAAUGUUCCGGCAGUCCAGUGUGGAUUGGCACCAGUUUCUGGGGUUCGGCUGCGGCACGGGGGUUCCAGGAGAUGUCCAUGCCGACAUUGAUGCCGGUGGGCUUCGGGCUGGCUUGGUGGAUGAAGGCAGCUGUCCAAGCCGCCGUCCCGGUCAGGAACAGGUUAGGGCUCGCUUGGUGGAUGAUCCCGGUCAGGAAUGGGUUAGGGCUUGCUUGGUGGAUGAUCCCGGUCAGGAAUGGGUUAGGGCUUGCUUGGUGAAUGAUCCCGGUCAGGAACGGGUUAGGGCUCGCUUGGUGAGUGAUCCCAGUCAGGAAGGGGUUAGGGCUCGCUUGGUGGAUGAAGGCAACCGUCCAAUUCACCAUCCCGGUCAGGAACGGGUUAGGGCUCGCUUGGUGGAUGAAGGUAGCUGUCCAAUUCACCAUCCCGGUCAGGAACGGGUUAGGGCUUGCUUGGUGAAUGAUCCCGGUCAGGAACGGGUUAGGGCUCGCCCCGUGCUUGGGAAACGCAAGCGGGCCCCAUGGCAGGUGGAGGCUGAGGAGCACCACAUGGAGCGGCGCCACCAGCUGCAGACCAUGGACAUGGCCGCUGCGCUGCAGCAGAUGACCGGUCAGGCCGGCAUGCAGUUCCAGGGCAUCCAGGCACCCGCCAUGGCGGCGAUCCAGCAGGGCAAGAGCCCCGUGGUGGCAGUCAUGCCCACCGGCGGUGGGAAAAGCAUGUUAUUCAUGUUGCCCGCGUGGGCCGUCCCCGGGGGCACCACCAUUGUGGUGGUGCCAUUGAUCUCGCUGCGGCAGGAUAUGCAGCAGCGGUGCCGGCGGCUAGGCAUCCCAUGUAUGGCAUGGGACCGGCAGCAGCCAUGUGAUGAAGCAGCCAUUGUGCUGGUCACACCGGAAUCGGCUGUCACCCCCGAUUUCCAUUCAUUCAUCAACCGGUUGGUGGUGAUGCAGCGGCUGGACCGGGUGGUGAUUGAUGAAUGCCACAUCAUUAUGAACCAGCAGAAGAACUUCCGGUCCGCCAUGGCACAGCUUGGGAAGCUCGUUCGGGCCCGUACACAGAUGGUGUUUUUAACGGCCACAUUGCCCCCGAGAUGGAACCGGAGUUCAGCCAGCGCAUUCACCACCCACAGGAUCAGAUCGAUAUAUAUCGGGCCCGCACGAGCCGCGGCAAUGUGGCAUAUGGGGUGUGGCGGCCACCGAUUCCACACACUGCACCACAUGGAUAUGGAUGGGAGCAGGAUGCCUGGAUUAUUCAGUUCCUGCAGGCGCAGCUCCAGUGGGCCCGGGCCCGGGGGGGGAAGAUGGUGA